UAAAAUCAUAGCGUUGAUCAGCCAAAUUGGAUUGAAUCAAAACAAGAAAAAAAUCUUAAUAAGAGCAGAAAAAUCGUAAAGGCAGUCUCUGUUCUGGGGCUCCGAUCCAUGAAUUGUGUAAUAAAGCCCACGUGUCUCCUUCCUCCCAAGCUUCUCUUGCUUUCCAAAUCCACACUCCACAUCAUCACUCUUAAACACACACACGCAGCUGCUGCUACAACAUCAUCAUCAUCAUCGUACUACAACUACAAACCCCCGGCCCCCAACGUUACAACUACUAACAAACGAGUACUAGGUAACCGACUCAAACAUCAUCAGCAACAGCAGGACCAUUUAUAUUGUUCUACUUCGGUGCCUCAAUUGAUUAAGAAUAAGAAAAAUACGAUGAUGAUUCAUACUAACUACAUUGCCGUUACUUUGUUUGCCGGACUUUUGGGCUUUCUUUUUCUCUUCGUUUUGGGCCGGCCUCGUUCUCGUCGUCGUGAUGUGAGUUCUGUUGCCGGUGAUUCAUAUCGGACUUGUAAUGACCCGACCCGAACUGAUCACCCGGGACAUAAUGGAUUUUGUGCUGACGUCAUCAUUGUGGGAGCUGGUGUUGCUGGGGCAGCCCUUGCUCAUACUCUUGCCAAGGAUGGAAGACAGGUUCACGUUAUUGAGAGAGAUUUAUCGGAGCCAGAUAGAAUCGUUGGAGAACUUCUACAGCCUGGAGGAUACCUAAAGUUAGUGGAAUUAGGCCUUGAAGAUUGUGUGGAAGAUAUUGAUGCUCAGCGCGUGAUUGGAUAUGCUCUUUUCAAGGAUGGUAGAAACACUCGGAUUUCUUAUCCCUUGGAAAAUUACCACUCUGAUGUGUCCGGAAGAAGCUUCCACAAUGGCCGCUUCAUUCAGAGAAUGAGAAAGAAAACUGCAACACUUCCCAAUGUAUAUAUGGAGCAAGGAAGUGUAUCAUCUCUGCUUGAAGAAAAUGGAACUAUAAAAGGUGUUCAGUAUAAAACUAAAACUGGCGAGGAAGCUAAGGCAUAUGCUCCACUUACAAUUGUUUGUGAUGGUUGCUUUUCAAAUUUGCGUCGCUCUCUUUGCAAGCCUAAGGUAGAUGUUCCUUCCUGCUUUGUUGGUCUGAUCUUGGAGAACUGUAAUCUACCACACCCAAACCAUGGUCAUGUAAUAUUAGCAGAUCCUUCACCCAUCUUAUUCUACCCAAUCAGCAGCACUGAGGUUCGGUGUUUAGUUGAUGUACCUGGUCGAAAGCUUCCUUCUCUUGCAAAUGGGGAAAUGGCCAAAUAUUUGAAGAGUAUGGUUGCUCCCCAGAUUCCACUUGAGCUGCAUGAUGCAUUCAUAUCUGCAAUUGAUAAAGGGAAUAUACGAACAAUGCCAAAUAGAAGCAUGCCAGCUGCUCCAUAUCCUACUCCUGGUGCCCUAUUAAUGGGUGAUGCAUUCAAUAUGCGUCAUCCCUUAACUGGUGGCGGAAUGACAGUGGCGCUCUCUGACAUAGUCGUGUUACGGAAUCUUCUGAAGCCCCUCCAGGACAUGAAUGAUGCAGUUUCACUAUGCAAUCAUCUCGAGUCCUUCUAUACAUUGCGCAAGCCAGUAGCAGCUACGAUAAAUACUCUGGCAGGGGCUUUGUACAAGGUGUUUUGCGCUUCUACUGAUCAAGCAAGAAAAGAAAUGCGUGAAGCAUGUUUUGAAUAUUUAAGCCUUGGAGGUGUUUGUUCAACAGGACCUGUGGCUUUACUUUCAGGUCUAAAACCUCAACCACUGAGCUUAGUUCUCCAUUUCUUUGCUGUGGCUGUAUAUGGAGUUGGUCGUCUAUUGUUACCGUUUCCAACACCUCAACGCUUAUGGGCUGGAGUCAGAUUGAUAUUAAGUGCUUCAAGUAUAAUAUUUCCCAUCAUAAAGGCUGAAGGGGUAAGGCAAAUGUUCUUUCCUGCAACUCUUCCAGCAUAUUACAAAGCUCCUCCUGUGGAUGGCAUAUCAAAUGGAGCUGCAUACAAGAAUGGAUUCUAUUGAAGUGCUGCAGGAACUUUCUGAUCUACUGUCGUACAUUUGCUUUGCAUUAGUUGGCGUAUACAUAAAAAAUGGCUGUAAAUGUGAUUACUGAAAUCUUGACGUAAAACCGUUUUCAUAGAAGAUGGCGUUAUAAAUGUGAUUACUGAAAUCUUGAUCUAGAACUUAUUAAAGGCCAA